AGUGCAGAGGAGAUGCGCUUAUUUGAUGGCGUCAGGAAUACACGUUUUAUUACAAAUGACGUUUGGAUUUAUGGAGCGAUGUGCACUCUGGUGAUGGCUUUAAAUGCUGGGUUAUGUUGAUGGAAAUCUCGAUGGGAAAUAUUCUAUUCUAACGGACCGGGGAUGACAAAGAGAAUCAGAUACCGAGACUGGAGAUGGCAGGCGCUUUGGUGGCAUCAUUUCUUUCUUUUAUGGAGUACAAUAGACGGACAGACUCGUUACAGCAUCCCGGAGGAACUAAAACAGGGAUCAGUGGUAGGAAAUUUAGCCAAGGAUCUGGGUUUAGGACUAUCAGAUGUUUAUGACCGUAAACUGCGUGUUGACUCUGAGAAUGGGAAGCAGUAUUUCAGUGUGGAUGCGGGGAAGGGCGAACUGGUGGUGAAUGACAGAAUAGACAGAGAGGCUUUAUGCGGACAAAGCGCCAGCUGUGUGUUGCCUUUGCAAAUCGUAGUAGAGAAUCCGUUACAGCUACAUCGAAUCGAGGUAGAAAUCAAGGACAUAAAUGAUAAUUCUCCGAUUUUUUCAACAGAGGAGCGAUAUUUAAAGAUCGCAGAAUCUACUGCCACAGGGAUCCGCUUUCCCUUAGACAUUGCACAGGAUCAGGACGUUGGCAGUAAUUCCAUUAAAUCUUACACUCUAAGUAAAGAUGAGUGUUUUAGUUUAAGAAUUAAAGAGUUGUCUGGUAAUCGAAAGGUUCCAGAAUUACUUCUAGAGAAAUCACUUGACAGAGAGAAGCAAAGCGUUCAUCAUUUAUUACUAACAGCGGUAGACGGAGGCAAUCCCGUCAAAACUGGAACCACAAAAGUCACAGUUUCUGUACUAGAUAACAACGACAAUGUUCCUGUUUUCAAAAAACCACUGUAUAAUGUAACUGUGCAGGAAAAUAGUUUUGUCGGUUCUGUACUCGUAAAAGUUGAAGCCACUGACGCAGAUGAGGGUGUUAAUGGAGAAAUUGAAUAUGUAUUUGCUGACCACACACCCCAGUCAUUGUUAUCUAUUUUUAAUUUGAAUUCGGCUACAGGGGAAAUUUCCUUAGUAGGGCCGUUAGAUUAUGAACGCAAUGCAGUACUUGAAAUUGAGAUUACUGCAAAGGAUAAAGGAGUUCCUGAGAUGGAGGGUCACUGUCGUUUGCAAGUCAUGGUGAUAGACAUUAAUGAUAAUGCCCCAGAGAUAGUUCUCACUUCAAAACCAAAUCCAAUACGUGAGGAUGCACCACGAGGCACCGUAGUUGCUUUAAUCAGAGCACGAGAUCUUGACUCCGAUAACAACGCCAAAGUAACGCUCAAACUCAAAAAUGGUUCUCCCUUUAGUUUAAAGCCCUCGUUUUCUAAUAAUUACGCACUGGUUACAAACGGUGCUUUAGAUAGAGAGAGCUUCUCAGAGUACAGCAUUGAGAUAACAGCCACCGAUUCAGGCUCUCCUCCUCUGUCCAGUAAGAAAACUAUACCUGUCAGAAUCACUGAUGUAAAUGACAAUCCUCCUAUAUUCACUCAGCCCUCAUACAAUGUUUAUUUGAAAGAGAACGGAGUACCAGGUUCUAUACUGUUCUCAGUAUCAGCAUCUGACCUGGAUUUUGGAGAAAACGCUAAAAUCUCUUACUCUAUUCUGGACUCUAAAGUGCAGGACGUUUCUGUCUCGUCUUAUGUUUACAUCAACUCAGAUAACGGCAGCAUCUACAGCAUGCACUCGUUUGACUAUGAGAAGCUGAAGGUGUUUCAGAUUCAGGUUCAGGCAAAGGAUCAGGGCUCUCCGUCUCUCAGCAGCAACGCCACAGUCCAUGUUUUCAUCCUGGACCAGAACGACAAUGCCCCCGCUGUUAUUUACCCCUCCUCCGCUGCCCUGGGCUCCCUCUCUCAUCAGAGGAUGCCCCGCUCGGCCAAAGCGGGUCACCUGGUUACCAAGGUGACGGCUGUGGACGCUGACUCGGGCCACAACGCGUGGAUCUCGUACAAAGUGUCGGAGGCCACAGACGCGUCUCUGUUCACUGUCAAUCUGUACACAGGGGAGGUGAGGACUAAACGCGCUGUGUCCGAGCAGGACGACUCCUCUCAGAGGCUGCUGAUAGAGAUCAAGGACGACGGGGAGCCGGUCCAGUCCGCCACCGUCACGGUGUCCAUCCUGCUGGAGGACGGUCUCCAUGAGCCCAUCUUAGACCUGAGACACAAAUCGAUGGUGGAGCCGAGCAAGAAAACUGGGAGAAUCACCCUGUAUUUGAUUCUGUCUCUGGCCUCGGUGUCCGUUCUGUCUCUGGUGACUUUUGUCAUCUUGGCGGUGAAAUGCAUGAGGAGCAGCAGGAGCAGCGGUAGUUGCUGCAUGAGACGCAGCGACUGUGAUGAUUACAAGAACCCGAACAGGAACCUGCAGAUUCAGCUGAACACUGAUGGACCUAUAAAGUACGUGGAGGUCCUGGGAGGAGACAUGUUGUCUCAGAGUCAGUCGUUCAGGUCGUGUAUGUCUCCGAUGUCAGAGUACAGUGAUUUCACUUUGAUUAAGCCCAGCAGCACCACAGACUUUAAGGAGGUGAUCAGUGUCCUGGAUGCGUCUUUACCGGACAGCACCUGGACCUUUGAGAGCCAGCAGGUGAGCACAAAACAACAGAACUGUAGUUAAAUGUUUUCGGUCAUC